CUAUACAACAAUCACUAGUCAACUCAAUAAGAAUGGAUCCAUUUAAUGAAGUUAAGGAAGAUGCUUGGAACACCGUCAGUAACUUAGAAGGAAUACUAGCGACAAGUUCGAUUACUCCGGAGGUUAUUCUUGAUUAUAAUAAUAAUUAUCAAGAAUUACUAGAAAUAUAUGAAGAUUUAAAGCAAGCUCAUACAAUUGGGCAACAACAGCCUGAGAAAUUUCAUCUUACAACUCAAGAUAAUUAUAAUAGAAAGGCUAUUUUGAAAGAUUUGGAACUGAAAAUAAGUGAUAUUCAAUUACAGUGGAAUCAUUUACAAUCUGAUAAUUCAAGGUCUAGUACUCCAUUAAUGAAUAGAAAACCAAGAGAUGUAACUACUAUGUCUAAUAGAAUAAGUCAAGAUGGUAAUGAAAGUAUACCGGAAAAUCCAUUUAGUGAUGUUGCUAAUCUUGAAACUGGAUUAACUCAAUUUCAACAACAACAGUUGAUUCAAGAACAAGAUUUACAUUUAGAUAGUAUUCAUGAUACUAUGAGAAAUUUGAAUCAACAGGCAAUGAUGAUGGGUAAUGAGUUAGAAGAACAAGGAAUAAUGUUAGAUGAAUUAGAUAAUGAAAUAGAUACGGUAGCAAACAAAGUUCAACGAGGGUUAAAAAGAAUGAAUCAUGUAUUAGAAAAGAACCGUGAAACAGCUAGUAAUUGGUGUAUAGGAAUAUUGACGGUUGCCUUAUGUAUACUAUUGAUUUUAGUUAUCGCAUUAUAAGAAAGUACAUAGUUAAUUAAUGGAAACUAUUUAAUAUUUAAU